GGUUCAAGAACGGCACAAAAAUAGAGGAAAACCACCACCGCCACCAUCGGCACCACCCCACCUCCCUUCUCCUCCUUGUUCAGCUUCAUAUGCAUCACUGCUUCACCAUUCAUCACUUUUAUCAACACCCCUUUUGCUCCAUUCCCAUAAAAUUUUGAGUUUUCUGUUCUUCAAACCUCAAACUUUCUUUCAUGGGUUCCAAGUCUAAACUUUAUAAUUCUGAGCCUCAUAAGAUGGCUAAAACUUCAUAACCCUCAAUUCUUUUUCCUUUUCCAACACUAAACUGUGGUUGUACUUGAGAAGUUAUGCCGUCAUCUUCUGUCUUUUUCUGUUUUAGUUAGCAACGUGGCUUUUCUAAAGACUUUGUCUCUUUGUAUUGCUCGUUAUUUCAUGUGACUUGUGUAUGAGUUUUUAUCUGCAUAUAUGCUGAUCUUGAUGUUCGGUGCUGAGGAAAAAGAAUUUAAGAUGUAGAGGUUAAAUAAGUUAGGAAAAGAAUAUUAACGGCUUUGUUGGUUUUUUGAAUUUUGGAUGGAUAUCAAUUAGAGUGACAAAUUUGAUAUUUUUUGGUAGUGUUAGUGAAAACCCAUGAAGAAUUUUCAGUUUCAUUGGUUCAAGCAAAUUGUAGCAAGUAAUGGGAAGCUAGAGAGGAGGCUUUCAUUAGGAGAAUACAAGAGGGCAGUUUCUUGGUCCAAGUAUCUUGUAUCAUCUGGAGCUGAGAUAAAAGGAGAAGGAGAGGAGGAAUGGAGUGCAGACAUGUCAGAGUUAUAUAUAGGAAAUAAAUUUGCAUCUGGAAAGCAUAGUAGGAUUUAUAGAGGUGUUUAUAAGCAGAAGGAUGUGGCCAUUAAGCUCAUUAGUCAGCCUGAAGAGGAUGGAGACUUGGCUGCAUUGCUGGAAAAACAGUUUACUUCUGAGGUUGCCCUGUUGCUAAGACUGAAGCAUCCCAAUAUCAUCACUCUCAUUGGAGCAUGUAAGAAACCCCCUGUCUUUUGCAUUAUCACUGAGUACUUAGCUGGGGGUUCCUUAAGAAAAUUCCUCCAUCAGCAGGUGCCAUAUUCUCUUCCCCUCAACCUAGUCCUGAAGCUGGCACUUGACAUUGCACACGGAAUGGAGUAUCUUCAUGCUCAGGGAAUACUUCACAGGGAUCUUAAAUCAGAAAAUUUACUUCUGGAUGAAGAUAUGCAUGUGAAGGUAGCAGAUUUUGGUAUAUCAUGCUUAGAAUCCCAGUGUGGCAGCGCGAAAGGAUUCACUGGCACUUACCGCUGGAUGGCACCCGAAAUGAUCAAGGAAAAACACCAUACAAAGAAAGUUGACAUUUACAGUUUUGGCAUCGUUCUGUGGGAGCUUUUAACUGCAUUGAUACCAUUUGACAACAUGACUCCAGAACAGGCAGCUUUUGCAGUCUGCCAGAAGAAUGAAAGACCACCAUUGCCUUCAACAUGUCCUCUGGCGUUUCGUCAUCUCAUCAAUCGGUGCUGGUCAUCUAAUCCUAACAAUCGACCACAUUUUGAGGAGAUUGUUUCAGUUCUUGAACGUUAUGCUGAAUCUCUUGAGAAGGAUCCAGAAUUCUUUUCUUCAUAUGUACCUUCUGAGGAUCAUCAUCUAAUACGAUGCUUACCGAGGUGUAUCGCUAAACGUCAGUCUGCUUCUAAUAAGUCCUAAGAUCCCUCCUAAGAAUGUAGUGAAUGCAAAUUGCAAAGUGUAUCAUAGUGCUUUAGUUUUAAUUUUGGUUUGUGACAAGAACCAUAUGGCAUGGUCAUGAAGGCUAAUGUGCUCUCUCAUCUUUUAGAAUUUUUUUUUUUCCUUUUUUCUGGUUUCUUGUAUCCAGUACCGUUAUUGCAGUAGGCAAUGAUCGAUAGAGUUGAUAGGAUAUGGGGUAUUAAGUGAGGGAUUUGAAAUGACAAGUAAUUCCAGUGGAUUCCAAAUUCACUAAUUUUAGCAUUCAAAAUCCCUCCUACUAGUGCAUGUAUUUCAAUUUCCA